CUCGCCUGACAUUGACAUUUCGUAUAAUUUUGCGUGUGCUUUCCUUAAAGUUUGUUUUUGCAAAUUUUAUAAUGGAUUUUAUUGAUACCGAUAUCAGACAGUGGGAUGCUAAUGAAGUAAAAGAGCACUUUGGGGAUAGUCUGACCCUUCUUCCAUCAAACGACAAUAUUAAGGAACUCCAAACCAUACUGAGAGACAAAAACACAACUAGAAAUGACUUCAAGUUUUACGCAGAUCGUUUAAUUCGUUUAGUGAUUGAAGAAAGUCUUAAUAAGUUGCCAUUUACUGAUUGUGAAGUUAUUACACCUACAGGAGCUCUCUACAAAGGUUUGAAAUAUGGUGCAGGCAACUGUGGAGUAUCAAUUGUGCGAUCUGGAGAAGCAAUGGAACAGGGUCUCAGAGACUGCUGUCGAUCAAUCCGCAUUGGCAAGAUUUUGGUUGAGAGCGAUACUGAUACACAUGAGGCGCAUGUAGUAUAUGCCAAAUUCCCUGAGGAUAUAGCAAGAAGGCAGGUGCUGCUUAUGUACCCCAUUAUGUCCACAGGAAACACAGUUAAACAGGCUGUGAAUGUAUUGACCCAACAUGGUGUAAAGGAAGAGCGGAUAAUUCUUUCGAAUCUUUUCUGCACUCCGGCGGCUGUGCAGGCUGUAGUAGACUACGUUCCCAAGAUGAAGAUCCUCACCUCGGAGUUACACCCAGUCGCACCCAACCACUUUGGACAAAAGUACUUUGGCACAGACUGAUCCGAAGACGAAGAAGGUUAA